CAAUCCGCUCGAGAUGUUGUCGAUCCUUGCACAAUUGGCAUUCACUAUGUUCAUUGCCAAGGAAAUGAUCUCCAUGGAAGACAACGAUGUUAACAUGGGCAAUGUGCUGGUCGAGAGAACAAACAAAAAGACCCUAUUGUACAAACUGAAUGGAAAACCGAUUAGGCUGAGCAAUGGAGUAUUGGUGCAACUAAUCGAUUUUUCAGAAAGCUGUGUUUGGAGAAUCUUCUGGCAAAGAUAUUAAAAAUUUGAUGGAGAUUAAGGAGACCUUUGAACUGGAAAUAGGAAGAUUGAAGAAGGACAAAAAAGUCCUGGAUGCAUUCACCUCGUUCUCCAAUGUGGCAUCGAUAGAAGAUAUUUGGCCACACCGCUUCUUCAAGGGUUUGAUCGUUGAAUAAAUCCUUACUCCUUCGUGCUUCAACUCUGCUCAUCCUUCAAAUCCUUCGUGAUCAUCUUCAAUCAGUCUUCUCAAUCCUCGGAUCGAUUGUGUGCGAGAUAUCGCACUCUUUUCGUCAUCUUUAUGAGUUUAAAUAAUCAAUGUACAACUUUUAUGGGUCGAAUUUUUUUAUUUCCUUUUCUCACAUCAUUUACUUGUAUUUUUGUUCUGAAAUUUUUAAUGAAGCAGUCGAAAACCAAA